UUCCUGAGUGCAGCACGCCCUCCUUGUGCAAGAGCACAGCGCCCCAGGUGCAGAAGACUGAGGCCCACAGAAGGACUUACAGAGAGACCCAGCAAGCCAUGGUGUUUCCAUGGAGAUGUCAGAGUGCUCAGCGGGGCUCCUGGAGCUUCCUGAAGUUGUGGGUCUGGACACUGCUGUGUUGUGAUCUCCUGCCACACCAUGGAACUCACUGUUGGACUUACCAUUAUUCUGAAAGAUCCAUGAACUGGGAAAAUGCUAGAAAGUUCUGCAAGCAAAAUUACACAGAUUUAGUUGCCAUACAAAAUAAGAGAGAAAUUGAGUAUUUGGAAAAGACAUUACCCAAAAACCCUACCUACUACUGGAUAGGAAUCAGGAAAAUCGGGAAAAUGUGGACAUGGGUGGGAACCAACAAAACCCUCACCAAAGAAGCAGAGAACUGGGGUACUGGGGAGCCCAACAACAAGAAGUCUAAGGAGGACUGCGUGGAGAUCUAUAUCAAGAGGGAACGAGACUCUGGGAAGUGGAAUGACGAUGCCUGCCACAAACGAAAGGCAGCUCUCUGCUACACAGCCUCCUGCCAACCAGAAUCUUGCAACGGCCAUGGAGAAUGUGUGGAAACUAUCAACAAUAACACCUGCAUCUGUGACCCAGGGUAUUAUGGGCCCCAGUGUCAGAAUGUGAUCCAAUGUGCGCCUUUGAAGGCCCCUGAGCUGGGUACCAUGGACUGUAUUCACCCCUUGGGAGACUUCAGCUUCCAGUCACAGUGUGCUUUCAAGUGUUCUGAGGGAAGCGAGCUACUUGGGAAUGCAGAAACAGAGUGUGGAGCAUCUGGAAACUGGACAUAUCUAGAGCCAAUCUGUCAAGUGAUUCAGUGCAUGCCUCUAGCAGCACCGGAUCUGGGCACUAUGGAAUGCAGUCACCCCCUUGCCAACUUCAGUUUUACUUCUGCUUGUACCUUCACCUGCUCAGAAGAAACUGACUUAAUUGGGGAGAGAAAAACUGUCUGCAGAUCAUCCGGCAUCUGGUCUAGUCCUAGUCCAAUAUGUCAAAAGACAAAGAGAAGUUUCUCAAAGAUCAAGGAAGGCGACUAUAACCCCCUCUUCAUUCCAGUAGCUGUCAUAGUCACUGCAUUCUCAGGGCUGGCAUUUAUCAUUUGGCUGGCAAGGCGGCUAAAAAAAGGCAAGAAAUCGCAGGAAAGGAUGGAUGAUCCUUACUGAUUGAUCCUUUGUGAGAGGGAAGUCAUAAGGUACUAACAACAGCCACCAAAAACCAUUGGAAGACAACUUCAACGCCUCCUGUGAAGAUUUUGCACACGGGCGUCUCCCACGUUAGAGAUGCAUCUGAGAGGAUUUCAACACGACCAACAGCUCCUCCUAAUCUCCUCUCACUCACUCAUCCUAUAAAUCUAUUCCAUAACUUGUGCUUAUACAGAUCGGUAUUUUAUCAUCUUUCCUGUGAAGGAACAAAUAAGACAAUUGAGCAAAAGAGUUACUGUAGGAUAUAAAGACAGCUGCUUUUACUCUUCCCCAACUCUAGUUUCCUCUUUCAGUGCCAAAGCUAACGCCAAACACAGUGAAAAUGUGAUACACGUGUACUUGACAACUCAGAUUUCCUUGCAAAGUAGUACUUACCCUGUGAUAACAUUGACAAAAACCUUUGCUUUCCACCUCCAAAGAACAGUGCUCUCUUCAAGCUGGAAAAGUCCUACUUUCUCUGUACGCCCACCAUCUGUGAGCGACCGCCACUGUAGCUGUUCACAUUAACCUUUCCCUCACACCCAAAUUCCACACACCACACCGAUGAUGAUGGCCACCAAACAUCGAAGAAGAGAAAAUCUCCUGCAUUGAGUUUUAGUUUUGAGUUUGCCCUUCUCUUUAUUAGAUCUCUUUAGGUUUCUUGAAGUCAGUGGUCUGAUGAUGAUUAUUAAUAGGUAAUGAUAACGUGACCUGCUGUCUUGGAGCUGCUGUUAUGAAGACAACUUAAAAACAGGUAGAGAGAUUCCUGGGCUCAAGCUGGAAUGGCACCCUUCCCUUUUCCUUACAUCUCCUACAGACACCUAAAUUCUAUCCUUCAAGAUUCAGGACAGCUGUCUCCAACCCUUCACUUCUUUUAUACCUAGCUCCUAACUCAUCCACCCUGUAAGCUAUCUCAUUUUCUGGCUUCACUCUGCAAGAUCUUUAACACGAUGCAUUUAAAUACAGCCUGAUUUUUUUAAAAAUGUUGCUUAGUCUGUUUGUACACCAGAAUAUAGGUUGGUUUUUUCUAAAAGAAAUUGUACAUUUUUUGAAGGGAGAGACGGUGUCAGGUCUGUGGAGUUCCUAGUUUGUUAAUUGAUGUCUUGCCACAGUCAGUGAAUGAAGAAGCUGUGUGAGGAGAUUUCUGAGAGCUUGUGAGAAAACACCAAGCAAACAAGACAAGAAUCCUGUAGCCUCUGCUCCUCCGUAACAGGAAAUGGGGCUUUUGUGCCCUUCCAAGGGGUAAAUGGAGUGGGUUUACUUCAGAUUACCCAUCAGUUACCAAUAUUAUUCAGAUGGUGUUUCCAAGCACAGGUUAUCCUCAUGACUGUAGAUGGCUUGAACUAAUAUGACCUUGCCCUCAGGACUGGACCAGCUGAAACCCAUGUGACUUUGCCUAAACUCGUGUGACUUUGCCUAAACUCGUGUGACCUUGCCUAAACUCAUGUGACCUUGUCCUCAGGGUAGUAUACAGCUGGAACUCAUGAACUUUGCUUAUGCAACUUUGCCUAACUCUCAGAAUAGAACAUUUCUGGUGCCCUGAAUAAAGAUGGCUACUACACAAGACUUUA